AUGUUCAAUUCGAAGAGACCGUGUGUACGUAAAGAUUGUCCAUUAGCACAACGUACUGUUAGGGAUGGAGAUUUAAUAGGGAUAAACUAUCCAUUACGUUCUCCAUCCAGCACCAACAUUCAUCCGAAUGCUCGAUGGCAACAAAAUGGUAUCACUGUAGCUGGAGGAAAUCGACAAGGCAAUGGAAUCAAUCAACUCUCAAACCCAUGUGGUUUGUAUGUUGAUGAUGAUCAAACAAUCUAUGUUGCUGAAUGGUCGAAUCAUCGUAUUGUGGAAUGGAAACGAGGUGCAACAAGUGGCCAAGUGGUUGCCGGUGGAAAUGGACAAGGAAGUGGAGAUCAUCAAUUGUAUAACCCAACAGAUGUGAUUAUCGACAAAGAGAGAGAUAGUCUCAUCAUAUGCGAUCGUUCGAAUAAAAGAGUGGUUCGAUGGCCUCGUCGAAAUGGGACAAGUGGAGAAACAAUCAUCUCCAACAUCGCUUGUUGGGGUUUGACAAUGGACGAGAAUGGAUCUCUCUAUGUCACUGAUGAUGGAAAAGAUGAAGUGAGACGAUAUCGAAGAGGAGAAUCUCAAGGAACAGUGGUUGCAGGUGGCAAUGGACGUGGAAAUCGUCUGGAUCAACUCUCUCGCCCACAAUACGUAUUCGUCGAUCGAGAUCAUUCAGUGUACGUAACUGAAUGGGACAAUCAUCGUGUGAUGAAAUGGAUGGAAGGUGCAAAAGAAGGCAUUGUCGUGGCUGGCGGUCAAGGAGAAGGAAAUGAUCUUACACAAUUGUCAUAUCCUCGAGGAGUCGUUGUCGACCAAUUGGGCACUGUCUAUGUGGCUGAUUGGGGGAAUAAUCGAAUCAUGCGUUGGCCUAAAGGAGCCACACAAGGAAGUGUCAUUGUUGGUGAAAACGGUAGAGGAGAACAAUCGAACCAACUCAAUGGACCCAUCGGAUUGUCAUUCGAUCGACACGGUAAUCUCUAUGUCAUCGAUUGGGAAAAUCAUCGAGUCCAAAAAUUCGAACUUCAAUCCAAUCCAAACUGA